CACUAGGAACUUGGGAUGAUUGGACUAGCACUGUCCUUAUCUUUUGGAUCUUAUCACCUUGCUGCCCCUCCAGCAUCCCCCAUUGGUGGUUGGCUCUUUGCUCCUCAGAUCUUUUUCUAUGAGUUUGGAGUGCUUGAGUAAAGGAGAUGCUAGGGCAGAUCUUCCCCUUUUUCCUUUGCUAGGUUAUCCAUGGUUCUUCCUCCAGGGGUUCCCUAUUGGGCCCUGUUAAAACCACCCAUUCUUGGUCUGUCCAGCCUAAGUGUCCCAGUUUGACUUGAGGAUCAGGUCGGGGUUGGGUUAGGGUGAGGGUGGUGGAGAGGAUUAGAGAGUGAUGGGUUUAGGGUGAGUCUUCGGGGAUGGAGUAAGGGUUAGAGGGUGAAGGUGAGGUUUCAGAGUGAGAGGAUUGGGUUAGAGUUAGUUUUGGGUCAGUGAUGUGGUUAGGGUUAGAAAUUAGGUGAAGUUAGGGUUUGGGGUCAUAGAUUCAGAUUCGGCUUGCAGAGCUGUUUGUCACUAACAUCAUUGUUUGCCUUCUGCUAUAAUCCCUCCAUCACCUCUAAUUUCAAACCCUUCCUUAACCUCGCAGAACUCAACUAAGGGCUUCUCUGUACUUAGCAUGGUUAUCAUCAGGUUCCAUUUCCCUUGGAAGCUUGUUCAUACUUACCCAUAUUAUUUUGUAAUGUGUGCAGAGAUAUCUGGCUCUCUAAAAUGUUAUUUACAUCCUAUGACCUCAAGUUAACAAGUGGAUUUUUGGCAACCUUAGAUUUUCUUCUUUAAGCAUUCUUAGAGCAGAGCUGCUUCCUCAGAGGAUUUUAAAGUAUUCUUCUUGGUUGCUUUACAAGAUAAUUUUGCAGCUUGUAUAUUUUUCUUCAACAUCUUAAAAGGUUUCAUCUACUUUUAGGCAGGGCGCCAUGGCUCACACCUGUAAUCCCAGCACUUUGGGAGGCCUAGGCAGGUAGAUCACUUCCAGAAGUUCGAGACCAGCCUGGCCAACAUGGUGAAACCCCGUCUCUACUAAAAAUACGAUAUUUAGCCAGGCGUAGUGGCGCACGCCUGCAAUCCCAGCUACUCUGGAGGCUGAGACAGGAGAAUGGCUUGAACCCGGUAGGCAGAGGUUGCAGUGAGCUGAGAUCAUGCCAUUGCACUGCAGCCUGGGUGACAAGAGUGAAACUCCGUCUCAGAAAAGAAAAGAAAAAAGUUUCAUUUACUUUCUUCAUUAUGUUUGAUAAAUUUACCAACUCUAGGUCCAUCUGUUUUUCAUGGGUUUGGCAUCAUUUACAGUCACCCUGUAGCAGGACGAGUUGCAGACAAAACUCGUCAGACACCGGAUUAAAGAAGGAAGAGGGUUUUUAUUCGGCCAGGAGCAUCAGCAGACUCAUGUCUUAAGAGCCGAGCUCCCCAAAAAAGAAAUUCCUAGCCCUUUUAAGGGUUUACAACUCUAGGGGGUCCACGUGAAAGGGUCAUAAUAGAUCAAGUAAGCGUGAGGAACGUGACUGGGGGCUACAUGCAUCAGCUAACAGAACAAAAAGUUUUACAGUGCUUUCUCAUACAAUGUCUGGAAUUUACAGAUAACACCAGUAGUUUUGGUCAGGGGUUAACAUUAUUAUUAUUUUAACCACCAUGGCCAGGUGGUGGCGCCAACGUCGUCUAGCUAUUUAUCUUCUGUUUCUUUACAACUUUUUGCUUUCUCCCUUUUCUCCUGCCUUAUAAACUAGGGAAAAGGGGAGAUUGGGGAGAAGCUGGGAAGGACAACAGGAGAAGUGGUGGUCUCAUUCUGUAUUUCCCCCCUUUGAGAAUUUUCACUUCUUAGUGGGAGUUCUCACUCUCAUCUUCACUUUCUGAGUCUCUUUGUGAGAUAGAGCGAUAGUGAUUUAUAUAAUACACUUGUGCUGAAGUUUUUUGAUGAACUAAAGUAGCAACAAAACUUUUUAUCAUUUGAAAAAGCAAGAGUAAUACACAGGGGAGCAGUAAGCAAGUUCCUAUUACUAGCAAUACACCUACAAUGAGGGUUUUAAAUCCUCCCAUAGCUGGAAACCAUUUUCCAAAUAAAGACUCAGGAUCAAACUCGUGCCAAACCUGUACAGGCACAUCUGCCAACUUUGUCAUGUCCCUGACUAUGUUUUCAACCACCUGUCCUUGAUCAUCUAUUUGUAGGCAGCAAUUGGUUAAGUUAAAUUUUCUACAAACUCCUCCUUCAGCUGCCAGCAAGUAGUCCAAGGCCAGUCUAUUCUGAUAGAUAACAUUACUCAUUUGGGUUUCCUGCCAAGCUAAAACAGUCAAAGCUCUGCCAGUUUAAUUAGUAAUUAUUUCUAAGACGGCCUGCAACUAUAUGAUCCGAUUGAGCAUGUAGAUGGGGGUUCGGUAUCCCUAUGAGCUGUCUUGUGCCCGUGUGGCAGGCCCAUAAUACUGUAUGAUCCUUUCAGGGGGCCACUCAUUGUCUUUCCUAUAACUAUGCCUCUCUUUUCUCGGGAGGCAUAGACAGGGAAACUUAGGAGCUCACCCGUUUUUAUGGGGACAGCUUAAUAGUGCCAGUAACACAACUGCCUGCCCACUUAUUAGGUAACUGAAUGUAGGCUCUGUGCCCACAUUUCCAGUAUAGGCCAGCGGGAGCUGCCCAGUCCUGAUGAGAUUCUGGAUGAGCCCAGGCAGUUUUUAAUUUAGAAAAUUUACUAAAUGGGUUCUUUUCAGUGUGGUUUAGGCCCCAUCAAGUAAUUGUCUUUGUUGUGCUGUUGUACAACUUCUGUCCUAUACAAUUAAGCUUUCCUACAGGGAUGAUAAAGUCUUUUCCUUCUCUAGCUAUACAGUAUUGUCCAAUAAUUGAGGUUUUUAGGACCCAGAAGUUGCUAACUUGGGCCUUCUGAACUGGAAUUAUAUUAGGAGCUGGAUCAGUAGGCACCAACUCUCGGGCUUCCGAAGGCCAUCGGUCUCCGAUAGUGGUUCCCCCGCAUACAUAAGAUGUAACAUUAAGUGAAUGAGUUACAUUUUCUGCUAAUUGGAGAAACAAAUUUUUUGUCUUUUUCAGAAGUUCUGGUGCUGGCAGAUUCAGCUCCUCAUAAAAGGUUUUGAAACACUGGUUUGGAAGAGCGCUUGUGGACCUCCCCUCUAACUAAAAUGGCAACUUGGGGGUUUAACCCUGUCCCAUCGAUCCCCAGGGUUACACGUUGAAUUGUUUUUUACUACUAGUCCACUACAGUGAUUUGUGUAUAUAAUCCUCUAUAAUAAUCCCUAGAUCGUGAACUCCUCCUGGAAGGUAGCGACCGUGUAGCUGUUCAUCUUCAGAAGGGGGAAGCCAACCCCUCCUGUGCUGCCAGUCACUAUAACCCACUAGAACUAAUAAUUACCAAUCCCCUAGAUCCUCCUUGGAAAAAGGGAGAACGUGUAGAUUCAGAUUAGCCAGUCUCUCUUCCCUAAUCUUCGUGUUUGUUUUUAUAGCAUUUACCAUUAUCUGUAAUUAUUUUAUCACAUUUGUUUAUUGGCAAUACAUCUCCAACUGGAUUAUAAACUCCAUUAAGAGCAAGGAUCUUGACAUUUUAAAUAUUCUUAUUCCUAUGUUUAAAGCUGGCAGAUAGCACACACACACAGUCAAUGCACACACACAUAUAAGUAUAUAUGGAAUGAAUGCAUCUCAGCUUUGCUGCUUAUUAGAUACGGUCCUUGAAAAAAUCACUCGGGCAAGUUUGUGAAAGUGCCUGGCACAAGGUGUUUCGCAGAAGCAAAAAGCCGUCUUUUUCCAGUCACAGCUAUCCAAGGUAUAGUAAGUGAAUCAAAUGAGCCCCUUACCUCCCAUCUACAUAUUCCCCGAUAUAUUUGCUCCCUGUGUACUCCAUGGCGCCUGUUUUUAGCUUCCAGCUGUUAGGAUCCGGAGUCUCAGUGGAUACGGCAUCACUAUGACAACCUGGAGGGGUGGGCGGAGCCGAGUCGAAGCCCCACCCCGCCGGAGGCGGAAGAGUUCUCGGUAUUGCGCACGCUCCGUCGCUCCUGGUUGGGCAGGGCGAUACGCCUGCGUGUUGCCAGAUGCGCAUGCGCAGGCGCCGUGUGGCGCUCGGCGGUCGAAAGGGGAGUUCGAGGAGACGGGGGCGACGCGGCUGAGGGCUUCUCGUCGAGGUCGGGGCUGCAGCCGUCAUGCCGGGGAUAGUGGAGCUGCCCACUCUAGAGGAGCUGAAAGUAGAUGAGGUGAAAAUUAGUUCUGCUGUGCUUAAAGCUGCGGCCAUCACUAUGGAGCUCAAUGUGAUAAGCCCAACAAGGAGUUUAUGCUCUGCCGCUGGGAAGAGAAAGAUCCGAGGCGGUGUUUAGAGGAAGGCAAACUGGUCAACAAGUGUGCUUUGGACUUCUUUAGGCAGAUAAAACGUCACUGUGCAGAGCCUUUUACAGAAUAUUGGACUUGCAUUGAUUAUACUGGCCAGCAGUUAUUUUGUCACUGACGCAAACAGCAGGCAAAGUUUGACGAGUGUGUGCUGGACAAACUGGGCUGGGUGUGGCCUCACCUGGGAGAACUGUCAAAGGUGGGACCAUCCAGUUUCAGGAAAACAAGCUUAACACGCCCACUGAUUCUACAUUAUGGUGAGUUCUAUAAUUAUUUUAUUAUAUAUUCCAGUGUAAUAAUGGAAAUGAAGUGCCUAAUAAACGUAAAUGUGCUUAAAUCUUCUGGCCCAGCUCCUACCUCCCGGCAGCCUCGCCAGGCCCAGAACUCUCUCCAGUCAGCCUCUACAGGUGAAGCUCAUGACUCACAAUGGCCUAUUGAGGCCCAUACCCUACCUCACGGCAGUCUCCGCAGAUGAGCCUACUGCCUCACAACAGCCUCCACAGGCACAGCUCCAUCGUUCCAAUGGCCUCUUUAGACCCAGCUCCUGCCUCCCAGCCUUCUCUCCAGGCCCUGAACUUUCUCCGUAAGUUGAGGUAGCUGGGACUGUAGGUAUCCAUGACGAUACUUGGCUAAUCUUUAAAUUGUUUUGCAGACAUGGGGUCUCACUUUGUUGGCCAGGCUGGUGUCAAACUAAUGGCCUCAAGUGACCGUUCCACCCCUGCCUCCCAUCCUCGAGGUAUGUGCCACCACAAGGGGCACUUGUUCAAUUUUCUAAAGAAAAAAUUUCUAAAGUAAGGCUGUGGGAUGAUGGCAGGAAGAUAAAAGAAAAACAGAAGAAUAAGUUAAAAUGACUUAUUCACACAUAUUCUUUUGACAGCAAGAAGAACUUUUAGUAUAUACAUUCCUUACAAACAAACAAACGGCAGAUAAACAAUGUUGUAUAGGAACUUCAACACACACUGUACAAUAUUCCCACUUUGCUGACAUAAGUUAUGGAAAUUUUGUGGUUUCCUUGAGUGUCGCUAGCAGUAUUUUGCUUCUCUGAUGAUUUUUAUCAACUUCCUCAUCUGUUAACUUCUCUCCAAAGUAUGUCAUGUCACGACAUACUGCCGCUGCACGAACACGGCCAGUGUCUUCCUAUUAAACAUGUAGAAUGCUUUCCUAAUUUCUCUUUUUACUCUCUGUCUUUGUGUUCUGCAUUUUCCUUACUUUUAUUGUCAGAAACUCCAGAAAGUCAAUCGUACUAAUUUAUCACGAUUUGCUUUAUUAAUUUAUACUAUGCUUAUAUGGAAUUUUGCCCAACAGACCUCAUUACAAUUUGGGCCAGGGCCCAGGGUUAGGGUUGUUUCAGGGUCAGGGCCAGGGCCCAGUGUUAGGGUUGUUUUAGGGUCAGGGCCAGGGCCCAGGGCUAGGGGUGUUUUAGGGUCAGGGCCAGGGCCCAAAGUUAGGGUUGUUUUAGGGUCAGGGCCCAGGGUUAGGGUUUUAGGCUCAGGGCCAUGGCCCAGGGUUAGGGUUUUAGGCUCAGGGCCAGGGCCCAGGGUUAGGGUUUUAGGGUCAGGGCCAGGGCCCAGGGUUAGGGUUUUAGGGUCAGGGCCAGGGGCCAGGGUUAGGGUUUUAGGGUCAGGGCCAGGACCCAGGGUUAGGGUUUUAGGUUCGGGGCCAGGGCCCAGGGUUCGGGUUUUAGAGUCAGGGCCAGGGCCCAGGGUUAGGGUUUUAGGCUCAGGGCCAGGGCCCAGGGUUAGGGUUUUAGGAUCAGUGCCAGGGCCCAGGGUUAGGGUUUUAGGGUCAGGUCCAGGGCCCAGGGUUAGGGUUUUAGGGUUAGGGCCACUGCCCACGGUUAGGGUUUUAGGGUCAGGGCCUGGGCCCAGGGUUAGGGUUUUAGGGUCAGGGCCAGGGCCCAGGGUUAGGGUUUUAGGUUCAGGGCCAGGGCCCAGGGUUAGGGUUUUAGGGUCAGGGCCUGGGCCCAGGGUUAGGUUUUUAGGGUCAGGGCCCAGGGUUAGAGUUUCAGGGUCAGGACCCAGGGUUAGGGUUUUAGGGUCAUGGCCCAGGGUUAGGGUUUUAGGGUCAGGGCCCAGGGUUAGGGUGAUUUCCAGGAAGUGACCUCACAGUGAGUCAAGCUACCACUUACUGUUGAUUGUGAUGAAAUGCCAGCUGAGGCACAUGCCUUGGGGGCUAAGUGGUUGCUGCCCUUGACUACUAUGAGGACUGGUGUGGGAAGGGUCGCUUUGGAUGCACUUGAGCAGGGGUCCCCAACCCCUGAGCCAUGGAGCCGUAAGGAGCCACACAGCAGGUGAGUGGUGUCGAGUGAGGGAGUGAGGGAAGCUUCGUCUGUAUUUACAGCCACUCCCCUUUGCUCACAUUCCCGCCUGAGCUCCACCUUCUCAGAUGAGCAGCAGCAUUAGAUUCUCAUAGGAGAACGCACCCUGUUGUGAACCGUGCAUGUGAGGGAUCUAGGUUGCGCUGUUCUUAUGAGAAUCUAAUACCUAUUGAUCUGUCACUUUCUCCCAUCACGCUCAGGUGGGACCAUCCAGUUUCAGGAAAACAAGCUUAACACGCCCACUGAUUCUACAUUAUGGUGAGUUCUAUAAUUAUUUUAUUAUAUAUUCCAGUGUAAUAAUGGAAAUGAAGUGCCUAAUAAACGUAAAUGUGCUUAAAUCUUCUGGCCCAGCUCCUACCUCCCGGCAGCCUCGCCAGGCCCAGAACUCUCUCCAGUCAGCCUCUACAGGUGAAGCUCAUGACUCACAAUGGCCUAUUGAGGCCCAUACCCUACCUCACGGCAGUCUCCGCAGAUGAGCCUACUGCCUCACAACAGCCUCCACAGGCACAGCUCCAUCGUUCCAAUGGCCUCUUUAGACCCAGCUCCUGCCUCCCAGCCUUCUCUCCAGGCCCUGAACUUUCUCCGUAAGUUGAGGUAGCUGGGACUGUAGGUAUCCAUGACGAUACUUGGCUAAUCUUUAAAUUGUUUUGCAGACAUGGGGUCUCACUUUGUUGGCCAGGCUGGUGUCAAACUAAUGGCCUCAAGUGACCGUUCCACCCCUGCCUCCCAUCCUCGAGGUAUGUGCCACCACAAGGGGCACUUGUUCAAUUUUCUAAAGAAAAAAUUUCUAAAGUAAGGCUGUGGGAUGAUGGCAGGAAGAUAAAAGAAAAACAGAAGAAUAAGUUAAAAUGACUUAUUCACACAUAUUCUUUUGACAGCAAGAAGAACUUUUAGUAUAUACAUUCCUUACAAACAAACAAACGGCAGAUAAACAAUGUUGUAUAGGAACUUCAACACACACUGUACAAUAUUCCCACUUUGCUGACAUAAGUUAUGGAAAUUUCGUGGUUUCCUUGAGUGCCGCUAGCAGUAUUUUGCUUCUCUGAUGAUUUUUAUCAACUUCCUCAUCUGUUAACUUCUCUCCAAAGUAUGUCAUGUCACGACAUACUGCCGCUGCACGAACACGGCCAGUGUCUUCCUAUUAAACAUGUAGAAUGCUUUCCUAAUUUCUCUUUUUACUCUCUGUCUUUGUGUUCUGCAUUUUCCUUACUUUUAUUGUCAGAAACUCCAGAAAGUCAAUCGUACUAAUUUAUCACGAUUUGCUUUAUUAAUUUAUACUAUGCUUAUAUGGAAUUUUGCCCAACAGACCUCAUUACAAUUUGGGCCAGGGCCCAGGGUUAGGGUUGUUUCAGGGUCAGGGCCAGGGCCCAGUGUUAGGGUUGUUUUAGGGUCAGGGCCAGGGCCCAGGGCUAGGGGUGUUUUAGGGUCAGGGCCAGGGCCCAAAGUUAGGGUUGUUUUAGGGUCAGGGCCCAGGGUUAGGGUUUUAGGCUCAGGGCCAUGGCCCAGGGUUAGGGUUUUAGGCUCAGGGCCAGGGCCCAGGGUUAGGGUUUUAGGGUCAGGGCCAGGGCCCAGGGUUAGGGUUUUAGGGUCAGGGCCAGGGCCCAGGGUUAGGGUUUUAGGGUCAGGGCCAGGGCCCAGGGUUAGGGUUUUAGGUUCGGGGCCAGGGCCCAGGGUUCGGGUUUUAGAGUCAGGGCCAGGGCCCAGGGUUAGGGUUUUAGGCUCAGGGCCAGGGCCCAGGGUUAGGGUUUUAGGAUCAGUGCCAGGGCCCAGGGUUAGGGUUUUAGGGUCAGGUCCAGGGCCCAGGGUUAGGGUUUUAGGGUCAGGGCCAGGGCCCAGGGUUAGGGUUUUAGGGUCAGGGCCAGGGCCCAGGGUUAGGGUUUUAGGCUCAGGGCCAGGGCCCACGGUUAGGGUUUUAGGCUCAGUGCCAGGGCCAAGGGUUAGGGUUUUAGGGUCAGAGCCACGGCCCAGGGUUAGGGUUUUAGGGUCAGGGCCUGGGCCCAGGGUUAGGUUUUUAGGGUCAGGGCCCAGGGUUAGGGUUUUAGGGUCAGAGCCCAGGGUUAGGGUUUUAGGGUCAGGACCCAGGGUUAGGGUUUUAGGGUCAUGGCCCAGGGUUAGGGUUUUAGGGUCAGGGCCCUGGGUUAGGGUGAUUUCCAGGAAGUGACCUCACAGUGACUCAAGCUACCACUUACUGUUGAUUGUGAUGAAAUGCCAGCUGAGGCACAUGCCUUGGGGGCUAAGUGGUUGCUGCCCUUGACUACUAUGAAGACUGGUGUGGGAAGGGUCGCUUUGGAUGCACUUGAGCGGGGGUCCCCAACCCCUGAGCCAUGGAGCCGUAAGGAGCCACACAGCAGGUGAGUGGUGUCGAGUGAGGGAGUGAGGGAAGCUUCGUCUGUAUUUACAGCCACUCCCCUUUGCUCACAUUCCCGCCUGAGCUCCACCUUCUCAGAUGAGCAGCAGCAUUAGAUUCUCAUAGGAGAACGCACCCUGUUGUGAACCGUGCAUGUGAGGGAUCUAGGUUGCGCUGUUCUUAUGAGAAUCUAAUACCUAUUGAUCUGUCACUUUCUCCCAUCACGCUCAGGUGGGACCAUCCAGUUUCAGGAAAACAAGCUUAACACGCCCACUGAUUCUACAUUAUGGUGAGUUCUAUAAUUAUUUUAUUAUAUAUUCCAGUGUAAUAAUGGAAAUGAAGUGCCUAAUAAACGUAAAUGUGUUUAAAUCUUCUGGCCCAGCUCCUACCUCCCGGCAGCCUCGCCAGGCCCAGAACUCUCUCCAGUCAGCCUCUACAGACCAAGCUCAUGACUCACAAUGGCCUAUUUAGGCCCAUACCCUACCUCACGGCAGUCUCCACAGAUGAGCCUACUGCCUCACAACAGCCUCCACAGGCACAGCUCCAUCGUUACAAUGGCCUCUUUAGACCCAGCUCCUGCCUCCCAGCCUUCUCUCCAGGCCCUGAACUUUCUCCGUAAGUUGAGGUAGCUGGGACUGUAGGUAUACAUGACGAUACUUGGCUAAUCUUUAAAUUGUUUUGCAGACAUGGGGUCUCACUUUGUUGGCCAGGCUGGUGUCAAACUAAUGGCCUCAAGUGACCCUUCCACCCCUGCCUCCCAUCCUCGAGGUAUGUGCCACCACAAGGGGCACUUGUUCAAUUUUCUAAAGAAAAAAUUUCUAAAGUAAGGCUGUGGGAUGAUGGCAGGAAGAUAAAAGAAAAACAGAAGAAUAAGUUAAAAUGACUUAUUCACACAUAUUCUUUUGACAGCAAGAAGAACUUUUAGUAUAUACAUUCCUUACAAACAAACAAACGGCAGAUAAACAAUGUUGUAUAGGAACUUCAACACACACUGUACAAUAUUCCCACUUUGCUGACAUAAGUUAUGGAAAUUUCGUGGUUUCCUUGAGUGUCGCUAGCAGUAUUUUGCUUCUCUGAUGAUUUUUAUCAACUUCCUCAUCUGUUAACUUCUCUCCAAAGUAUGUCAUGUCACGACAUACUGCCGCUGCACGAACACGGGCAGUGUCUUCCUAUUAAACAUGUAGAAUGCUUUCCUAACUUCUCUUUUUACUCUCUGUCUUUGUGUUCUGCAUUUUCCUUACUUUUAUUGUCAGAAACUCCAGAAAGUCAAUCGUACUAAUUUAUCACGAUUUGCUUUAUUAAUUUAUACUAUGCUUAUAUGGAAUUUUGCCCAACAGACCUCAUUACAAUUUGGGCCAGGGCCCAGGGUUAGGGUUGUUUCAGGGUCAGGGCCAGGGCCCAGUGUUAGGGUUGUUUUAGGGUCAGGGCCAGGGCCCAGGGCUAGGGGUGUUUUAGGGUCAGGGCCAGGGCCCAAAGUUAGGGUUGUUUUAGGGUCAGGGCCCAGGGUUAGGGUUUUAGGCUCAGGGCCAUGGCCCAGGGUUAGGGUUUUAGGCUCAGGGCCAGGGCCCAGGGUUAGGGUUUUAGGCUCAGGGCCAGGGCCCAGGGUUAGGGUUUUAGGGUCAGGGCCAGGGCCCAGGGUUAGGGUUUUAGGCUCAGGGCUAGGGCCCAGGUUUAGGGUUUUAGGUUCGGGGCCAGGGCCCAGGGUUCGGGUUUUAGAGUCAGGGCCAGGGCCCAGGGUUAGGGUUUUAGGCUCAGGGCCAGGGCCCAGGGAUAGGGUUUUAGGAUCAGUGCCAGGGCCCAGGGUUAGGGUUUUAGGGUCAGGUCCAGGGCCCAGGGUUAGGGUUUUAGGGUCAGGGCCAGGGCCCAGGGUUAGGGUUUUAGGCUCAGGGCCAGGGCCCAGGGUUAGGGUUUUAGGCUCAGGGCCAGGGCCCACGGUUAGGGUUUUAGGCUCGGUGCCAGGGCCAAGGGUUAGGGUUUUAGGGUCAGAGACAGGGCCCAGGGUUAGGGUUUUAGGGUCAGGGCCUGGGCCCAGGGUUAGGUUUUUAGGGUCAGGGCCCAGGGUUAGGGUUUUAGGGUCAGAGCCCAGGGUUAGGGUUUUAGGGUCAGGACCCAGGGUUAGGGUUUUAGGGUCAUGGCCCAGGGUUAGGGUUUUAGGGUCAGGGCCUGGGCCCAGGGUUAGGGUUUUAGGGUCAGGGCCCAGGGUUAGGGUUUUAGGGUCAGGGCCCAGGGUUAGGGUUUUAGGGUCAGGACCCAGUGUUAGGGUUUUAGGGUCAUGGCCCAGGGUUAGGGUUUUAGGGUCAGGGCCCAGGGUUAGGGUGAUUUCCAGGAAGUGACCUCACAGUGACUCAAGCUACCACUUACUGUUGAUUGUGAUGAAAUGCCAGCUGAGGCACAUGCCUUGGGGGCUAAGUGGUUGCUGCCCUUGACUACUAUGAAGACUGGUGUGGGAAGGGUCGCUUUGGAUGCACUUGAGCAGGGGUCCCCAACCCCUGAGCCAUGGAGCCGUAAGGAGCCACACAGCAGGUGAGUGGUGUCGAGUGAGGGAGUGAGGGAAGCUUCGUCUGUAUUUACAGCCACUCCCCUUUGCUCACAUUCCCGCCUGAGCUCCACCUUCUCAGAUGAGCAGCAGCAUUAGAUUCUCAUAGGAGAACGCACCCUGUUGUGAACCGUGCAUGUGAGGGAUCUAGGUUGCGCUGUUCUUAUGAGAAUCUAAUACCUAUUGAUCUGUCACUUUCUCCCAUCACGCUCAGGUGGGACCAUCCAGUUUCAGGAAAACAAGCUUAACACGCCCACUGAUUCUACAUUAUGGUGAGUUCUAUAAUUAUUUUAUUAUAUAUUCCAGUGUAAUAAUGGAAAUGAAGUGCCUAAUAAACGUAAAUGUGCUUAAAUCUUCUGGCCCAGCUCCUACCUCCCGGCAGCCUCGCCAGGCCCAGAACUCUCUCCAGUCAGCCUCUACAGACCAAGCUCAUGACUCACAAUGGCCUAUUUAGGCCCAUACCCUACCUCACGGCAGUCUCCGCAGAUGAGCCUACUGCCUCACAACAGCCUCCACAGGCACAGCUCCAUCGUUACAAUGGCCUCUUUAGACCCAGCUCCUGCCUCCCAGCCUUCUCUCCAGGCCCUGAACUUUCUCCGUAAGUUGAGGUAGCUGGGACUGUAGGUAUCCAUGACGAUACUUGGCUAAUCUUUAAAUGUUUUGCAGACAUGGGGUCUCACUUUGUUGGCCAGGCUGGUGUCAAACUAAUGGCCUCAAGUGACCCUUCCACCCCUGCCUCCCAUCCUUGAGGUAUGUGCCACCACAAGGGGCACUUGUUCAAUUUUCUAAAGAAAAAAUUUCCAAAGUAAGGCUGUGGGAUGAUGGCAGGAAGAUAAAAGAAAAACAGAAGAAUAAGUUAAUAUGACUUAUUCACACAUAUUCUUUUGACAGCAAGAAGAAUUUUUAGUAUAUACAUUCCUUACAAACAAACAAACGGCAGAUAAACAAUGUUGUAUAGGAACUUCAACACACACUGUACAAUAUUCCCACUUUGCUGACAUAAGUUAUGGAAAUUUCGUGGUUUCCUUGAGUGUCACUACCAGUAUUUUGCUUCUCUGAUGAUUUUUAUCAACUUCCUCAUCUGUUAACUUCUCUCCAAAGUAUGUCAUGUCACGACAUACUGCCGCUGCACGAACACGGGCAGUGUCUUCCUAUUAAACAUGUAGAAUGCUUUCCUAAUUUCUCUUUUUACUCUCUGUCUUUGUGUUCUGCAUUUUCCUUACUUUUAUUGUCAGAAACUCCAGAAAGUCAAUCGUACUAAUUUAUCACGAUUUGCUUUAUUAAUUUAUACUAUGCUUAUAUGGAAUUUUGCCCAACAGACCUCAUUACAAUUUGGGCCAGGGCCCAGGGUUAGGGUUGUUUCAGGGUCAGGGCCAGGGCCCAGUGUUAGGGUUGUUUUAGGGUCAGGGCCAGGGCCCAGGGCUAGGGGUGUUUUAGGGUCAGGGCCAGGGCCCAAAGUUAGGGUUGUUUUAGGGUCAGGGCCCAGGGUUAGGGUUUUAGGCUCAGGGCCAGGGCCCAGGGUUAGGGUUUUAGGCUCAGGGCCAGGGCCCAGGGUUAGGGUUUUAGGGUCAGGGCCAGGGCCCAGGGUUAGGGUUUUAGGGUCAGGGCCAGGGCCCAGGGUUAGGGUUUUAGGCUCAGGGCCAGGGCCCAGGGUUAGGGUUUUAGGUUCGGGGCCAGGGCCCAGGGUUAGGGUUUUAGGGUUAGGGCCAGGGCCCAGGGUUAGGGUUUUAGGAUCAGUGCCAGGGCCCAGGGUUAGGGUUUUAGGGUCAGGUCCAGGGCCCAGGGUUAGGGUUUUAGGGUUAGGGCCACUGCCCACGGUUAGGGUUGUAGCGUCAGGGCCUGGGCCCAGGGUUAGGGUUUUAGGGUCAGGGCCAGGGCCCAGGGUUAGGGUUUUAGGUUCAGGGCCAGGGCCCAGGGUUAGGGUUUUAGGGUCAGGGCCUGGGCCCAGGGUUAGGUUUUUAAGGUCAGGGCCCAGGGUUAGGUUUUUAGGGUCAGGGCCCAGGGUUAGGGUUUUAGGGUCAGGACCCAGGGUUAGGGUUUUAGGGUCAUGGCCCAGGGUUAGGGUUUUAGGGUCAGGGCCCAGGGUUAGGGUGAUUUCCAGAAAGUGACCUCACAGUGACUCAAGCUACCACUUACUGUUGAUUGUGAUGAAAUGCCAGCUGAGGUAUAUGCCUUGGGGGCUAAGUGGUUGCUGCCCUUGACUACUAUGAAGACUGGUGUGGGAAGGGUCGCUUUGGAUGCACUUGAGCAGGGGUCCCCAACCCCUGAGCCAUGGAGCCGUAAGGAGCCACACAGCAGGUGAGUGGUGUCGAGUGAGGGAGUGAGGGAAGCUUCGUCUGUAUUUACAGCCACUCCCCUUUGCUCACAUUCCCGCCUGAGCUCCACCUUCUCAGAUGAGCAGCAGCAUUAGAUUCUCAUAGGAGAACGCACCCUGUUGUGAACCGUGCAUGUGAGGGAUCUAGGUUGCGCUGUUCUUAUGAGAAUCUAAUACCUAUUGAUCUGUCACUUUCUCCCAUCACGCUCAGGUGGGACCAUCCAGUUUCAGGAAAACAAGCUUAACACGCCCACUGAUUCUACAUUAUGGUGAGUUCUAUAAUUAUUUUAUUAUAUAUUCCAGUGUAAUAAUGGAAAUGAAGUGCCUAAUAAACGUAAAUGUGCUUAAAUCUUUUGGCCCAGCUCCUACCUCCCGGCAGCCUCGCCAGGCCCAGAACUCUCUCCAGUCAGCCUCUACAGACCAAGCUCAUGACUCACAAUGGCCUAUUUAGGCCCAUACCCUACCUCACGGCAGUCUCCGCAGAUGAGCCUACUGCCUCACAACAGCCUCCACAGGCACAGCUCCAUCGUUCCAAUGGCCUCUUUAGACCCAGCUCCUGCCUCCCAGCCUUCUCUCCAGGCCCUGAACUUUCUCCGUAAGUUGAGGUAGCUGGGACUGUAGGUAUCCAUGACGAUACUUGGCUAAUCUUUAAAUUGUUUUGCAGACAUGGGGUCUCACUUUGUUGGCCAGGCUGGUGUCAAACUAAUGGCCUCAAGUGACCGUUCCACCCCUGCCUCCCAUCCUCGAGGUAUGUGCCACCACAAGGGGCACUUGUUCAAUUUUCUAAAGAAAAAAUUUCUAAAGUAAGGCUGUGGGAUGAUGGCAGGAAGAUAAAAGAAAAACAGAAGAAUAAGUUAAAAUGACUUAUUCACACAUAUUCUUUUGACAGCAAGAAGAACUUUUAGUAUAUACAUUCCUUACAAACAAACAAACGGCCGAUAAACAAUGUUGUAUAGGAACUUCAACACACACUGUACAAUAUUCCCACUUUGCUGACAUAAGUUAUGGAAAUUUCGUGGUUUCCUUGAGUGUCGCUAGCAGUAUUUUGCUUCUCUGAUGAUUUUUAUCAACUUCCUCAUCUGUUAACUUCUCUCCAAAGUAUGUCAUGUCACGACAUACUGCCGCUGCACGAACACGGCCAGUGUCUUCCUAUUAAACAUGUAGAAUGCUUUCCUAAUUUCUCUUUUUACUCUCUGUCUUUGUGUUCUGCAUUUUCCUUACUUUUAUUGUCAGAAACUCCAGAAAGUCAAUCGUACUAAUUUAUCACGAUUUGCUUUAUUAAUUUAUACUAUGCUUAUAUGGAAUUUUGCCCAACAGACCUCAUUACAAUUUGGGCCAGGGCCCAGGGUUAGGGUUGUUUCAGGGUCAGGGCCAGGGCCCAGUGUUAGGGUUGUUUUAGGGUCAGGGCCAGGGCCCAGGGCUAGGGGUGUUUUAGGGUCAGGGCCAGGGCCCAAAGUUAGGGUUGUUUUAGGGUCAGGGCCCAGGGUUAGGGUUUUAGGCUCAGGGCCAUGGCCCAGGGUUAGGGUUUUAGGCUCAGGGCCAGGGCCCAGGGUUAGGGUUUUAGGGUCAGGGCCAGGGCCCAGGGUUAGGGUUUUAGGGUCAGGGCCAGGGGCCAGGGUUAGGGUUUUAGGGUCAGGGCCAGGACCCAGGGUUAGGGUUUUAGGUUCGGGGCCAGGGCCCAGGGUUCGGGUUUUAGAGUCAGGGCCAGGGCCCAGGGUUAGGGUUUUAGGCUCAGGGCCAGGGCCCAGGGUUAGGGUUUUAGGAUCAGUGCCAGGGCCCAGGGUUAGGGUUUUAGGGUCAGGUCCAGGGCCCAGGGUUAGGGUUUUAGGGUUAGGGCCACUGCCCACGGUUAGGGUUUUAGGGUCAGGGCCUGGGCCCAGGGUUAGGGUUUUAGGGUCAGGGCCAGGGCCCAGGGUUAGGGUUUUAGGUUCAGGGCCAGGGCCCAGGGUUAGGGUUUUAGGGUCAGGGCCUGGGCCCAGGGUUAGGUUUUUAGGGUCAGGGCCCAGGGUUAGAGUUUCAGGGUCAGGACCCAGGGUUAGGGUUUUAGGGUCAUGGCCCAGGGUUAGGGUUUUAGGGUCAGGGCCCAGGGUUAGGGUGAUUUCCAGGAAGUGACCUCACAGUGAGUCAAGCUACCACUUACUGUUGAUUGUGAUGAAAUGCCAGCUGAGGCACAUGCCUUGGGGGCUAAGUGGUUGCUGCCCUUGACUACUAUGAGGACUGGUGUGGGAAGGGUCGCUUUGGAUGCACUUGAGCAGGGGUCCCCAACCCCUGAGCCAUGGAGCCGUAAGGAGCCACACAGCAGGUGAGUGGUGUCGAGUGAGGGAGUGAGGGAAGCUUCGUCUGUAUUUACAGCCACUCCCCUUUGCUCACAUUCCCGCCUGAGCUCCACCUUCUCAGAUGAGCAGCAGCAUUAGAUUCUCAUAGGAGAACGCACCCUGUUGUGAACCGUGCAUGUGAGGGAUCUAGGUUGCGCUGUUCUUAUGAGAAUCUAAUACCUAUUGAUCUGUCACUUUCUCCCAUCACGCUCAGGUGGGACCAUCCAGUUUCAGGAAAACAAGCUUAACACGCCCACUGAUUCUACAUUAUGGUGAGUUCUAUAAUUAUUUUAUUAUAUAUUCCAGUGUAAUAAUGGAAAUGAAGUGCCUAAUAAACGUAAAUGUGCUUAAAUCUUCUGGCCCAGCUCCUACCUCCCGGCAGCCUCGCCAGGCCCAGAACUCUCUCCAGUCAGCCUCUACAGGUGAAGCUCAUGACUCACAAUGGCCUAUUGAGGCCCAUACCCUACCUCACGGCAGUCUCCGCAGAUGAGCCUACUGCCUCACAACAGCCUCCACAGGCACAGCUCCAUCGUUCCAAUGGCCUCUUUAGACCCAGCUCCUGCCUCCCAGCCUUCUCUCCAGGCCCUGAACUUUCUCCGUAAGUUGAGGUAGCUGGGACUGUAGGUAUCCAUGACGAUACUUGGCUAAUCUUUAAAUUGUUUUGCAGACAUGGGGUCUCACUUUGUUGGCCAGGCUGGUGUCAAACUAAUGGCCUCAAGUGACCGUUCCACCCCUGCCUCCCAUCCUCGAGGUAUGUGCCACCACAAGGGGCACUUGUUCAAUUUUCUAAAGAAAAAAUUUCUAAAGUAAGGCUGUGGGAUGAUGGCAGGAAGAUAAAAGAAAAACAGAAGAAUAAGUUAAAAUGACUUAUUCACACAUAUUCUUUUGACAGCAAGAAGAACUUUUAGUAUAUACAUUCCUUACAAACAAACAAACGGCAGAUAAACAAUGUUGUAUAGGAACUUCAACACACACUGUACAAUAUUCCCACUUUGCUGACAUAAGUUAUGGAAAUUUCGUGGUUUCCUUGAGUGCCGCUAGCAGUAUUUUGCUUCUCUGAUGAUUUUUAUCAACUUCCUCAUCUGUUAACUUCUCUCCAAAGUAUGUCAUGUCACGACAUACUGCCGCUGCACGAACACGGCCAGUGUCUUCCUAUUAAACAUGUAGAAUGCUUUCCUAAUUUCUCUUUUUACUCUCUGUCUUUGUGUUCUGCAUUUUCCUUACUUUUAUUGUCAGAAACUCCAGAAAGUCAAUCGUACUAAUUUAUCACGAUUUGCUUUAUUAAUUUAUACUAUGCUUAUAUGGAAUUUUGCCCAACAGACCUCAUUACAAUUUGGGCCAGGGCCCAGGGUUAGGGUUGUUUCAGGGUCAGGGCCAGGGCCCAGUGUUAGGGUUGUUUUAGGGUCAGGGCCAGGGCCCAGGGCUAGGGGUGUUUUAGGGUCAGGGCCAGGGCCCAAAGUUAGGGUUGUUUUAGGGUCAGGGCCCAGGGUUAGGGUUUUAGGCUCAGGGCCAUGGCCCAGGGUUAGGGUUUUAGGCUCAGGGCCAGGGCCCAGGGUUAGGGUUUUAGGGUCAGGGCCAGGGCCCAGGGUUAGGGUUUUAGGGUCAGGGCCAGGGCCCAGGGUUAGGGUUUUAGGGUCAGGGCCAGGGCCCAGGGUUAGGGUUUUAGGUUCGGGGCCAGGGCCCAGGGUUCGGGUUUUAGAGUCAGGGCCAGGGCCCAGGGUUAGGGUUUUAGGCUCAGGGCCAGGGCCCAGGGUUAGGGUUUUAGGAUCAGUGCCAGGGCCCAGGGUUAGGGUUUUAGGGUCAGGUCCAGGGCCCAGGGUUAGGGUUUUAGGGUCAGGGCCAGGG